UCACGUGACACGGCCGCUCCGGGCUCGGCGCAUGCGCGCGGCGGUCCCAACGAGUCGACGGUGGCGCUGGUGGCGGCUGCCCGGGAUCCCGAGGGCCGGCGGCGGAAGUGUCCCCGGCGGCUGGGCCGGGCGGGCUGCGGCUCAUGGCCCUUGCGCGCUGCGCGGCGUCUGGUUGUUAAUUGAAGGCAGAAUAGACAUAUGGAUGAGUACGGAAAUUCUCACAUGGACGAGUACCGGAACUCUAGUGAUGGCAGCACAGGCCCCAGUUCAGAGGGAGCAGUGGAGCAGUCUGCUGACUUCAGUGCUGAGGUCAUGAGUGUGACAGAAAUGGAGCAGUCACCCGGUGCUUCUCCUCAUGUGGACGCCCCUGCAGAAGACAGUGGGAUAGCAAGUGCUGUGGGACUCCCAGUGACAGAAACAGAAGCAAAUUUCCCUCCAGAAUAUGAAAAAUUUUGGAAAACUAUAGAAAAUAACCCUCAGGAUUUCACAGGCUGGGUAUACUUGCUUCAGUAUGUAGAGCAAGAGAAUCACUUGCUGGCUGCCAGGAAAGCAUUUGACAGAUUUUUCGUGCACUACCCGUAUUGCUACGGCUACUGGAAAAAGUAUGCAGACCUUGAAAAGCGGCACGGCAACGCCAGACAGUCAGAUGAGGUGUAUCGGCGAGGGCUUCAGGCAAUACCUCUUAGUGUUGACCUCUGGAUACAUUAUAUAAACUUCUUAAAAGAAACACUGGAUGCUGGUGACCCUGAGACAAACAGUACUUUACGAGGAACUUUUGAGCAUGCUGUUCUAGCUGCAGGAACAGAUUUCCGAUCUGACAGACUCUGGGAGAUGUAUAUAAAUUGGGAAACCGAACAAGGAAACGUGAGAGAAGUCACAGCUAUCUAUGAGCGGGUUCUUGGUAUCCCGACACAGCUGUACAGCCACUACUUUCAAAGAUUUAAGGACCAUGUACAGAAUAACUUGCCUAGAGACCUUUUAACUGGUGAGCAGUUCAUCCAGCUGCGAAGGGAAUUAGCCUCAGUAAACGGACACAGUGGUGACGAUGGGCCUCCUGGUGAUGAUCUGCCGUCAGGAAUUGAAGACAUAACUGACCCAGCAAAGCUAAUUACUGAAAUAGAAAAUAUGAGACAUAGAAUCAUUGAAGUACAUCAAGAAAUGUUUAAUUAUAAUGAGCAUGAGGUCAGCAAAAGGUGGACAUUUGAAGAAGGUAUUAAAAGACCUUAUUUUCAUGUGAAACCAUUGGAAAAGGCACAGCUAAAAAACUGGAAAGAAUACUUAGAAUUUGAAAUUGAGAAUGGCACUCAUGAGCGUGUAGUGGUUCUGUUUGAAAGAUGUGUCAUAUCCUGUGCCCUCUAUGAGGAGUUUUGGAUUAAGUACGCCAAGUACAUGGAAAGCCAUAGCACUGAAGGAGUGAGGCAUGUCUUCAGCAGAGCUUGCACUACCCACCUCCCCAAGAAACCCACGGUGCAUAUGCUUUGGGCAGCUUUUGAGGAACAGCAGGGUAAUAUAAAUGAAGCCAGAAAUAUCUUGCGAACAUUUGAAGAAUGUGUUCUAGGACUGGCGAUGGUUCGGUUGAGAAGAGUAAGUUUAGAACGACGUCAUGGAAAUCUGGAAGAGGCUGAACACCUGCUCCAGGAUGCAAUUAAGAAUGCCAAAUCCAACAAUGAGUCGUCGUUUUAUGCUAUCAAGCUAGCCAGGCAUCUUUUCAAAAUACAAAAAAACCUUCCAAAAUCAAGAAAAGUGCUUCUGGAAGCAAUUGAGAGAGACAAAGAGAAUGCAAAGUUGUACCUCAAUUUACUUGAAAUGGAAUACAGCGGUGACCUCAAGCAAAAUGAAGAAAACAUCCUACAUUUUUUUGACAAAGCUAUACAUGGUUCGCUACCUGUCAAGAUGAGAAUUACAUUUUCUCAAAGAAAAGUGGAAUUUCUUGAAGAUUUUGGUUCAGAUGUUAAUAAGCUUCUGAAUGCUUAUGAUGAACAUCAAACACUCCUAAAAGAACAGGAUUCUUUGAAAAGGAAAGCGGAGAAUGGGUCAGAAGAGCCAGAGGAAAAGAAAUUGCACACCGAAGAUACAACUUCAUCAUCUGCACAGAUGAUCGAUGGCGAUUUACAGGCCAAUCAAGCUGCAUAUAACUAUAGUGCCUGGUAUCAAUACAAUUAUCAGAAUCCUUGGAAUUAUGGACAGUAUUACCCUCCCCCUCCAACCUGAUGGAAAGACGCCUAUCAAGUGGAGUAUGUGAAAAUAGGAGAUUAUUUUUUUAAUGAGGGAUGUGAACAGCAUUAACUUGUUGUAUUUGUCAACUUGUCUUCCCCGGUUCUGUGGAACAUAAUCUGUUAGUGAUAGGAGGAAAUGUCACUUAGUAGCUCACCACUGAUCCUAUUUCCUACCAUUUAUAAAAUUUACUUUUUAUUGGAGAACUAUUUUUUGAUUUUUGCAUAAGUGUUCUAGAAUUCUUUUGCGAUGCAUUUGCAACAGUUUUGUAGCCUUAAAGGUAGGAAAUGAAACCGACUGCAGACCGUGUCGGUGCAGCGCGAGGCUGAGACACUGACAAAGGGCUGGGCAGCGAGACUCGCCUCCGAGAGAGAGAGAGAGAGAGAGAGAGAGAGAGAGAGAGAGGAGACUUUUCCCUUCGCUGACAAGGUUGUGUGUCAGUUACCCUUGUGAGCUUGUGUCUGAGAAAAGAUAUAUUAAAGUGCUGUUUUGGCAGAGAUAAGUGAGAAAAUGGAAUGUUUGCAUCCAUUUAGGAAAAAUGAGUAUCAUAUCAAAUGCUCUUUCCAGAGACUUUGUAUUUAGACUAUUCAUGUAAAACUUAUAAGCUUUCAUUUUGAUCAAACUGAUUAUCUUCAUUUUUGUAAUAAAAUGGAAGACUCA